AAAAAGAAAAAAGGAAUAUUGGGUGUUUGCUUUUUUCUGACUAGUAGUAUUGCUAACUAUGUAUUCCAUUAAGGAUUUGCUGUGAAAAAGCCUGAUAUCAGUAAGCAUAAAACUCGGGAGAUCACUUACACACACACCCUCUCCAAAAAGAGAAAGAGAUUUACUAUUAAACAGAGUUUUUUUUUUUCUUUCUUUUUUAUUGUGUGUGUGUGUGAGAGAGAGAGAGAGAGAUGGUUUUCAUAGGCAAAAACAAAUAGAAAGGAACAAAAUUUAGACUCAAGAAGAAAGUGUGUGUGAGAGAGAGGAAGAAUAAUGGAAGGUGGUUCUAGUGGAAAUACUAAUACAUCUUGUUUAAUGAUGAUGGGCUAUGGAGAUCAUGAAAACAACAACAAUGGGAAUGGAAAUGCAACACUUUGUGCUCCUCAAAUGAUGAUGAUGAUGCCUCCUCCUCCUCCUCCUCUAACUAACAAUAACAAUGCAGAAACCAGCAACAACAACAAUAACAAUAUCCUUUUUCUUCCUUUCAUGGACACCAACAACAAUAAUCCUCAGGAAGACAACAACUCUUCUUCAAUCAAGUCAAAGAUUAUGGCUCAUCCUCACUACCCUCGUCUCUUGUCUGCUUAUCUCAGUUGUCAAAAGAUAGGAGCUCCGCCGGAAGUGGUGGCAAGGCUAGAGGAAAUAUGUGCCACGUCAGCAACAAUGGGCCGUAACAGUAGUAGUGGUGGAAUCAUUGGAGAAGAUCCUGCACUAGAUCAGUUCAUGGAGGCUUAUUGUGAGAUGCUGACAAAAUAUGAACAAGAACUCUCUAAACCCUUCAAGGAAGCCAUGGUUUUUCUUUCAAGAAUUGAGUGUCAGUUCAAAGCUUUAACACUUGCACCUAAUUCUUCUCAUGAAUCUGCUCUGGGCGAGGCAAUGGAUAGAAAUGGAUCAUCUGAUGAAGAGGUUGACGUGAAUAACAGUUUCAUCGACCCUCAGGCUGAGGAUAGAGAGCUCAAAGGUCAAUUGUUGCGCAAGUACAGUGGGUAUUUGGGAAGCCUUAAGCAGGAGUUCAUGAAGAAGAGGAAGAAAGGCAAGCUGCCUAAGGAAGCAAGGCAACAAUUGGUGGACUGGUGGCUUAGACAUAUUAAAUGGCCAUAUCCAUCGGAAUCCCAGAAGCUUGCACUAGCUGAAUCAACGGGAUUGGACCAGAAGCAAAUAAACAACUGGUUUAUCAACCAAAGAAAGAGGCAUUGGAAACCAUCAGAAGAUAUGCAAUUUGUUGUGAUGGAUGCUGCUCAUCCACAUUACUAUAUGGAUAAUGUUCUUGCUAACCAUUUCCCAAUGGAUAUGACACCGUCUCUACUCUGAAUUUAUAUUCUGGAGUUAUCCCAAUUCCAACUUUUCAAAGUGAAUUUUUAAGAUUGUGUAAUAUUAUUAAUUAUCAAGGAUGUUUAAUUUGCAUAAUACUUUGUAUGCAUGUAGUAGUAGAAGUUAUUGCGUCAUAAUCAACUUUUUAUUAGACCAUAAGUGCUUGUAAUAGCUAGAGGUGUUUCUAUUAUCAUGGCACUUACUU